GUGAACGUGAUCGAGAGGAUAACCUCGAAAAAGCACAACUUUGGCUUUGGCUCUCUCUCUCUCUCUUUCUUUCUUUCUUUCUUUCUUUCUUUCUCUGUUGCUCUCUGCUGUCGUUCGUAUCAUCGAACAUUAGUCGUAUGUCGGUCGGUGAAGGGAACAACGCGUAGUGAAACAAUCGCACGCAUGUAGCAAACAAAAUGGAAUUUGCCGAAAAUUGGGACAAUGAGACGAGCGUCUCGCAAAAUGAUGACAUUGAAGCUGAAAGGAAGGCUCGAUCAUCGGCCCACCUUAUUCCUGGAUACGCAACCUUCGACGAUUACCUUCAGGAUGCGUUUGACGCGAUGAGAACUGGAAUUAAAGCUGCUAAUAGUCUGCCCGUUGGAGAUAAUUUCAAUUAUUACACUUGCUUUCCCAGCUUUAACGAUGCCAGACGCAAAGACAUGGAAAGAAUGCUGGCUACGAUGCAGAGCGUAAUAAAAAUAGCAGGAGGUUCUAGCAACAUCCAAGCUCGAGAUCGCGACGAAAAGUUUGAUCUUUUGUUGGAAGCGAAUGACCAACUGCUAGAUCAAGCUAACAUAUUGAUGGACGAGGAAAGUGGGAUUCUACGAAAUCCUCAGGUAGAAUUGAUUGUGUCUCAAAUGCCAAAACCAGUUGCAAAUGGCACUUGGAAUAUAAGGACUAAUCAUAACGAGCAAAAUUCGAACCAGGGUUCGGAGAAAGUACGUUUGUUGGGUGGAAAAAAUGUACAAAGGCCACAGUUGAUGUUUAAGGAUAAAAUCGACAAUAGUUCGAAGCCAUGGAUGCCUCGAAUUAAGGAGAAACCAAACUCUCUAAAACCAUUGGCUCUGUAUAUCGAAGAAGGUGAACACGGCGAGGUAUUCAAUCACCCUUAUGAAUUUGAGCUAGAUAAGUUUCAAGUGCCAGAGUGUCAAUUGAAGAAGAGAGUGUGUGUAAGGUACAAGUCGUUGGAUGAUACUAGAUUCGUAUUCAUCGACAAGCCAACUGAUAUCCAAACUCUCCUAGAGGAUCUGAGAAAUCACAAGGAAAUAGCUGUUGACUUGGAACAUCACUCUUAUAGAACGUUUCAAGGCAUAACUUGCUUAAUGCAAAUAUCAACGAUAACAACCGAUUACUUAAUUGAUACUUUGACUCUGCGAUCAGAAUUACAUCGACUCAACGAAAUUUUUACAAAACCUUCAAUCCUCAAGGUCUUUCAUGGUGCAGACAUGGAUAUUUUGUGGCUGCAAAGAGACUUGUCCCUGUAUGUAGUCAACAUGUUUGACACUCAUCAAGCGGCGAGACAGCUCAACCUACCCUAUCUCAGUUUGGCACAUCUGAUAAAGAAAUAUUGCGAUAUAGAUCUCAAUAAACAGUUUCAAUUGGCCGACUGGCGUAUAAGGCCUUUACCGUUAGAACUUACGAGAUACGCGAGAGAAGAUACACGUUAUCUGCUUUACAUAAAGGACAUGCUGAACAACGAGUUGAUUGACGCGGCUAAUGGCAAGAGCAAUAUUUUGAAGGCUGUGUACGAUCAAAGCACCGAGAUUUGUAAGCGCACAUACGUGAAACCAAUUUGGACAGAGGAAAGUUGUAUCGACUUGUACAGGAAGAGUCGGAAGUCGUUUAACAAUAAACAGAUGUAUGCGCUCGUGGAAUUGCACAGAUGGCGAGAUCUCAUCGCUAGGGAGGAGGAUGAUAGCAUUGACUACGUCUUACCGAAACACAUGAUGCUCAAUAUAGCAGAGACUCUACCACGCGAGGUGCAGGGUAUUCUGGCGUGUUGUAAUCCUAUUCCGCCGUUAGUGAGACAAAAUUCGUUGAGAAUACACAAGAUAGUGUUGAAGGCUAGGGAGCAGCCGUUGGUAAAAUUUAUUCCUGAACAGGAUAUUCGGCAGAGAAUGACGCAACAAAGUUACACGGUGGUGGACACCGGGGCGUCUUUAUACAUACCGCACGAUGUUCCAAGCGGCACAGAAGCGAGAGCGGACUUGCCAUGCCUUUUGGACAAGGAUGUCACACCAGGACUGUUAGAGGCGAACGAGUGUCAAACGGUGAAACAUACCGUAACGAUAUUCGACACACCAGAGGACGAAGAAACGCAAGACGAUAAGAGAGAGGAGAAAAAACUAACUAUAUUUAUAAGUCCGUUUAUGAGAUACAAGUGUGUCAUACCAAUGGUAGCGGAUGAAGAAGCGAAACAACGAGAGCAACAUCAAAAAAAAGAGGCUAAAGAAGAAGAAGAAGAAGAAGGGAAUAUGACUGUAAAAAUUGAGGACGAAUAUGUAAACGAAGUUGAAAUUAACGAGAGUAAAAACAGAGUUUAUCAACACUUUAAACAAGUGUCUCAGACAAAUAAACAAGUGGAGAUUCCGUCUAAAAAGAAGGAUUCUAAGCAGUUAAUUCCAAGUCAAAUACAAAGUGGAAAAAGGAGAAGAGAAUUCGAUAGUGGAAAUAAGAAUCGGAAAAAAGACAACGGCAAUGAUGACUUUCCAAUGUUGACGUCAACACCAUACUUGGAUGCUGGAACUGUGCAUGUGUCUAAGAGAGCAAAACGAGAAGCGAUCGAAGAACGAAAAGGGCAAACGAGUUUCGCGCAAAUUCAAGAUGACAACAAUUUUGAAACUGUUAAAUCGAUAAGGGCUAGGAAAAAAGGCGAUAAAAAGACGAAUGAGAAAUUGCUGAAGAAGCAGGGUAUGUUACCAUCUGAAAAAUUUGAUUACAAAUCGGUAGACUUUAGCAGCUUCCAAGGUGGCAGUAUGCAAAGUAGUGCACAUCGAACACAGUUUUUGCAACCUAAGCAAAAGAAGAAGGAGAAGUACAAGAAGAAGUGGAAGAAGCAGAAAUUUAAUGUAUGAUUUGAUGCGAUUUUUUUUCUCAUUUUUCAUGAAAAAUUAUCUUUGGUAAGAAGAAAAAUCCUGACAACAAUAGGAACUGUAUGUAGAAAUAUAUAUUAUACAGAAUACUGUUUUUGGAUUUAGGCCAAUACUUGAUAUCGGCUUUUACUUUAUGAAUGUUCAAUGGAAUUUUUCUACGUUUCCUAAAAUAUGAAAGAUAUAAUUGAAAAUAAUUACUAAUCCAAGUGUGCGUACGUACGUGCGUGUGUACGUGGUAUGAUGUAAUAUCUGGCGAUUAUGAAAUUAUUCAUUCGCUGAUGAUAACAUUUUAUUUUUUUUUUCUUUUCUUAAUGAUUACAUAUGUAUAUGCAGAUGUAUGAUUUGUACAUUUGUAAAAACAUAUUGUAUAAAGACAUAUAUAUGCAUAA